AUGCCUUUCUUGAAAUCGUUGAAAUUUCGGAAUAAUCAAAUUCGCGUGAUACCCACUAGGGCAUUUGAACGAUUUCCUGCAUUAGAAUAUCUUGACCUUGCCGACAAUCCCAUCACCACAAUUCAUCCUGGAGCUUUUACUCCUCUUCAACUGCGCGAAUUACAUCUGGACACCUCAUCAUUACUGUGUGACUGUCAUCUUGCAUGGUUUUCAUCCUGGUUUGUCUCUUCCAAGCUGUCACGUCGUACUGUACACACUCGAUGUGCCCAUCCUUUACCACUCAGUGGAAUCGACGUGUUCGCAAUCGAUGCCAGUAAUCUCACAUGCGUGGACGAUUCUCCCCGUGCGCACAUCAUUGAACACCCUGCAACAAGUGUUACUACUUUGGUAGGAGGACAAGCGCGAUUCACCUGCUCUGGGUAUGGACACGCGCCAUUGCAAGUUGAGGUAACCAUAAAAUUCUUACAUCCAUGAAG